AUGUUUAACAAACAGAAAGAAAUGCUCGAAGCAAUCCAAAAUCUUACAACCACCGUUAAUAAAAUGAGAGCAGGAAAUGUCAAAGCAGCGCCCACGUGUGACCCAAAACCACAAGGAAACAUUGUUAUCAUUGGUGGACAGGCACGUUGUGCUGGUAAACAUGGUGGUGUGGACAAUAAACUCCUUGAUUCUGUUGAAGUGUACUCCUUGGCCAAUAGAACAUGGAGUAAAUUAGCACCGAUGAAACAUAAGAGAGCAGCCACAACCGCACAUUUCUACAAUGGCCGAGUCAUGGUUACUGGUGGUCGGUGUGAUAAUAAUGUAACUAGGAGUAUAGAACACAUCCAAAUCCCUGGAGAAAAUGUACCAGUCAGGGCUCCCCUAGAUGCCCUUCUUGCAGCUGAAUUGCCAUUUGAAUGUUAUGGUCACAAGACAACCAUCCUGAAUGAUUAUAUGUGGCUUGUUGGAGGCAGUCUCAAUAGUAAGAAGUCGUCAUGCUCAAAUGCCAUUUACACGAAGCCUCUUCACUCAACUGAUAACUUCCUGGUUAAGUGCCGAAUGCCUGAACCACUUUCGUACCAUGGUUUGGAAGUAGUUGACAAUGAACUUCUAAUCAUUGGAGGUACAACCACUGGUCUGGCACGAGACAUUGUUAAGACUGUUUUGUCAUACAAUAUCGCCACCAGUGAGCUCAGAAAAGUACACCCACUUCCAUUUCCGAUGGCUGAUAUGGCAACUGUUAAACAUGGUGAUGAUGUAAUCAUUAUCGGAGGAGUAAACAAGGAAAAUAAGUAUUUGAACACAGUUUUCAAGUACAACCAUAAGAAGCGUGUAUGUGAGCGAUUACCAGAUAUGAAAUACAAGAGGGAUGAAUGUGCCGCUGUCAUUUCCGGAAACAAAGUGUUUGUGAUGGGAGGAAACAAUUCAGAGGAAGGAUGCUUAAGUUCUGUUGAGUGCUUUGAUCUUGAGCUUCAUGUUUGGCAUGAACUUCCAUCCAUGAGUGAAGCUAAAUUUAAAAUAGCUGCAGUUCUAGUGCCUUAAGACUAUUAAGGGAUUGUCUUUGCCACCCUUACAAAGACAGCAAGGGUGGGUUGAGUACAAA